UGCAUCCAUCCAUCGGAACAAUAUAAUCCGAAAAGCGGAAUUCUGUUAGUAGGAGCCGAACUGCUGAGCUCUCCUCUCUCUCUCUCACGCAUAUACAUUUACAUAUAUAGUCUGAUCCAACGACUAGUAAGUAGAUAGUGCGCCGUGGCCGCCGGCGACUGUGGAGAUGGACUGCUUCGCCGAGACCGAGGGGAAGAGGGCGCACGACCCGCUGUACAGCCCCCGCCGCGCGGCGAGGGCGACGGCCACAGGCUUCCCCGUCGGCGAGGAGUACGUUGAGGUGUUCCGCGGGCCGCUGAUCGUUGGCGCCGGGCCGGCGGGGCUGGCGGUGGCGGCGUGUCUGGCGGUGUGCGGCGUGCCGUACCUGCUGCUGGAGCGGUACGACUGCAUCGCCUCGCUGUGGCGCCACCGCACGUACCGCAGGCUGAAGCUGCAUCUGCCCAAGCGCUUCUGCGAGCUGCCGCUCAUGCCCUUCCCGGCCAACUUCCCCACGUACCCCACCAGGGAGCAGUUUCUAGAGUACCUCGACGACUACGCCACCACGUACGGCAUCCGCCCGGUGUUCCAUCAGGCCGUCGUCAGCGCCGAGCACGACGGUGAGUUCUGGCGGGUGCGCACCAAGGAAGUCAUCACGGCGGCGAUCGAUGGCGAGGAGGCCGUCCUCAGCAGCACCACCACGGAGUACCGGUCUAAAUGGCUCGUCGUCGCCACCGGGGAGAACGCCGAGCCUGUCGAGCCGGAGAUCGACGGCAUCGAGGGCUUCAAGGGCCAGGUCAUGCACUCCAGCGACUACCGCAGCGGCGAGGGCUACCAAGGCAAGAAGGUCCUCGUGGUCGGCUGCGGCAACUCCGGCAUGGAGGUGUCCCUCGACCUCUCCAACCACAAUGUGCACACCUCCAUGGUUGUUCGUGACGCGGUGCACGUCCUACCUAGGGAGAUCAUGGGGUGCUCCACUUUUGGGUUGUCCUUGUGGCUUCUCAGGUGGCUGCCUAUCCAAGCGGUGGACCGGAUCCUCCUACUCCUGGCGCGUCUCGUGCUUGGUGACAUAGCCCGCCUCGGCAUCGCUCGUCCCAACCUUGGCCCGAUGGAGCUAAAAAGAGUCUACGGGAAGACGCCAGUGCUCGAUGUGGGAACCAUAGCCAGAAUAAAUUCUGGAGACAUCCAGGUGUUCCCAGCAAUACGACGUUUUCAGGAGCAUGUUGUGGAGUUCGUUGAUGGUAGGAUCCAAGAGUUUGACGCUGUCAUCCUUGCCACCGGUUACAAAAGCAACGUGCCUUAUUGGUUAAAGGAGAAAGAAUUCUUCUCGGAGAAAGAUGGAUUCCCACGGAAACCAAAUGAAUGGAAAGGGGAGCAUGGCCUGUAUGCUGUUGGCUUCUCACGGCGUGGGCUCUUAGGUGUUUCCGUAGAUGCCACCAAGAUUGCAGAUGACAUUGUGCAAUGUUGGCAUGGCAUAGGCUAUGGAAGACACAAGAUAAAAUGAUAUCAGACAGGCCGGCCAAUUAAUGAGGGCCCCUUCCCCUUUGAUGAUUCGAUUUUUUUGUGAAUACGUGUACUGGUCUAUUUUACUUUUCAUUCUAACUGGUAGAUACGCUAGAAACUAAAAAAAAUAGGCUAGCUUAUCUAUCAGCACACUAGUUGAAUUAGGCUAGUACAUGUAGAAAAAUUUCCCCAUUUUUCCAUUAUGUAAAUAAAUAUCAUACAGCUAAUUGUUCAUUGCAUUUUAGUUUUGCUCUAACUUUAUAGGGCCAAAAUAGGGCAAGGAUUUGAGAGUGUUAGUUUGUUUAUUUUUUGUCCUCAUUUUUUCUUGAAACAAUAUCUUUCCUUUUUGGCAAAUGAUGUCAUGUUGUUUUUGUAAGUGUUUAUUGUAAUAGACA